UUCUCUUGGCUCCAAAGUAUUCUUUCCACUGCACCAACUAGCUUCUUGAGACAUGAAGUUGGGUGAUUGUAGGUAGGAAUGCGCCCCCCCCCCCAGAUCUGGCUUAGACCAUUUUUGUGUGGGUGAGUAUGAUAACUGAUAAUCAUAACAAUCAGUUUAUGUAAUAACCCUUUUAAAUAUGUGGCUGUGUAUGCUUCUGUCUAUGUAUGUUUCUGUGACUUGUAUGCAUUUGUGUAUCUGUCCAUAUCUGAAACUUUGAGAGUCCAUCAAUGCUCCCCAUCCCCUGCCAUCUUUGGACCAAAUGCUUGUCUCUGCCAAGAGCAUCAAGCUCUCUCUGCCUAUGUUGGAGUUCUGCUGAGGCACAGUUAGCAUCACGUGGCUGUGCAACUCAACUCGGGAUCUGGCAGCGGGGUAUCCAUCCCCUUCCUGCCUUCUCAGAGAUUCCUCGAUAGGUCUGUAAUCCCUGGAAGGGGUCGAGACCACUUUAGUUGCAGUGAGGUGGCAAACACAGAGACUUUUGGGUUGUCAUUGUGCCAGAUUUGGAUGUGAAUGGCUAAGUGAGGAUGCGAGUGUGUGAGCCUCUAUGGUCUACAGGUUAGCAUGUCAAGGUAUUUGGCCAAAAGCCUAUAAACCUUCCAAGGAAAAAAAGCUCUGAUACAAGGUAGGCCUCAGGGGAUACUUUGUAAAAAACAGAGAUAGCAAAAUUCAGAAAGGAGCAGAGUUAGACUAAGUUCCCAGGCAUGGAAAUGGGUAGUGUGUCAGUUUAUUUUCUAUACCUAUAUAAUUGACGUCAGCCUGUGAAUGAACCUACCCCACCUUAAAUAAUUUUUGCUCUAAUUUCCGAAGCAGCUGGCACAGGGAGAACCUCUUAAAGGUUACACGAGUGUCUGCCAAAUAGUAAGCAACAUCGAUUUUUCCAGAAUUAUUCUUGAAUACCUGCUGGUUGGAAUUACACACUGGGAAACUUUGGGCACAGUUCCAGAGACACCGGGCAAAAAAGAAAAGACAAUGGGGGAGUUGUUGGGUCGGAGAGACUCUCCAGGUCAGGGACUCCAUAAAUGUUACUUUGCGGAGUCAGAAGAAUCUGAUGGCAUCUGCCUUGGAUCUUGGCAGUGGGCCUGGUCUGGGAAUGGAUAACCGUGGAGAUUUGUCUGAGCUUGGAAAAGGCCCAUGAACGCCUGGAAGAGACCAAACUGGAAGCUGUUCGGGACAAUAAUCUGGAGCUGGUUCAGGAGAUCCUUCAGGACCUGGCCGAGCUGGCUGAGCAGAGCAGCACUGCCGCUGAGCUCGCCCAUAUCCUCCAGGAGCCACACUUUCAGUCCCUCCUGGAGACCCAUGAUUCUGUGGCAUCAAAAAGCUAUGAGACGCCACCUCCUAGCCCUGGUCUGGAUCCCAUGUUCAACAACCAGCCUGUCCCUCCAGAUGCUGUACGAAUGGUGGGCAUCCGAAAGACCGCAGGAGAGCACCUGGGGGUGACGUUCCGAGUGGAGGGCGGAGAGCUGGUGAUUGCCCGCAUCCUUCACGGGGGCAUGGUGGCCCAGCAGGGCCUACUGCAUGUAGGUGAUGUCAUCAAGGAGGUAAAUGGGCAGCCUGUGGGCAGUGACCCCCGGGGGCUGCAGGAGUUACUCCGAAGUGCUAGUGGAAGUGUCAUCCUCAAGAUCCUGCCCAGUUACCAGGAGCCCCACCUGCCUCGACAGGUGUUUGUCAAAUGCCACUUUGAUUAUGAGCCGGCCCGGGAUAGCCUGAUCCCCUGCAAGGAGGCUGGCUUGCGCUUUUGUGCUGGGGACUUGCUCCAGAUCGUUAACCAGGAUGAUGCUAACUGGUGGCAAGCAUGCCAUGUCGAGGGGGGCAGUGCCGGGCUCAUCCCUAGCCAGCUGCUGGAAGAGAAACGGAAGGCCUUUGUCAAGAGGGACCUGGAGAUGACACCCACCUCAGGUGCCCUGUGUGGCAGCAUUUCGGGCAAGAAGAAGAAGCGAAUGAUGUAUCUUACUACCAAAAAUGCGGAAUUUGAUCGGCAUGAGCUUCUGAUCUAUGAGGAGGUGGCCCGGAUGCCCCCUUUCCGCCGGAAAACCCUGGUGCUGAUUGGAGCGCAGGGCGUGGGGCGACGUAGCCUGAAGAACAAGCUCAUCAUGUGGGACCAGGACCGCUACGGCACCACGGUGCCCUAUACAUCUCGUCGGCCCAAGGACACUGAACGGGAAGGCCAGGGGUACAGUUUUGUGACCCGGGCAGAGAUGGAGGCUGACAUUCGUGCCGGCCGCUACCUUGAGCAUGGGGAAUAUGAAGGAAAUCUGUACGGCACUCGAAUUGAUUCCAUCCGAAAUGUGCUCAGUGCUGGCAAGGUGUGCGUGUUGGAUGUCAAUCCCCAGGCAGUGAAGGUGCUAAGAACUGCUGAGUUUGUUCCAUAUGUGGUUUUCAUUGAGGCUCCUGACUUUGAAACUCUGCGUGCCAUGAAUCGGGCUGCUCUGGAAAGUGGGGUGGCGACUAAGCAGCUCACGGAAGCGGACUUGAAGCGGACAGUUGAAGAAAGCAGCCGGAUCCAGAGAGGGUAUGGGCACUACUUUGAUCUCACUCUGGUGAAUGAUAACCUUGAGAGGACCUUCCGAGAGCUUCAGACUGCGAUGGAGAAGCUGCGGACAGAACCCCAGUGGGUGCCUGUCAGCUGGGUAUAUUAAUCCUGCUGCCCAUCUCUGGCACAGAGAUUCACAUCCCCAUUCCACACUCCUUAGUCACUCAGACCUCAUCCUCUGUCAGGUGGUAUCAUUGAGCAUCCUCUGCAGAGGUUCCCAUGUCCCUUAGCCCAGCUCCCUUGGGAAGCUGUGUCCACUCCUUGGGAUAAAAUGCCAGGUGGGCAAUGAAAGCUAUCAUCAGCUCUCAAGAAGAUACUGUCAGGGUAAAGUAUGUUCAUGGGGCACUUUGGUGCCCAGGUGCUGCCCACCUUUCUCAUUGUUAGCUAUCAGCCUACCUGGUAUCAUCUCCACUCCUCUUUAAAGGGACCAAACUGUGCUUAGGAGGGUGGGAGAAGGGGAGAAGCCUCCCAAGGUACCCAUCAGUCCAUAAAUGAGAAAAGCUGACACUUAGGUGAGCACCAAGGUCCUCUGCUGCCACUUUAUUUAGUCACCUUUUCUCCUCAGGGCUAGCAUAGAUCUACUCCUACCCUAGUGCCCUUCCUACUGGCUAGUCACUUAAUCCUGGGGUCUAGGGAUGGGAGAAUUGUUAUGUCACCAUCUAAAUGAGGUGGCCAUUUGGUCCAGACCUGCCUAGGAGCGAGUUUUGCCUGGUGCUACCAACCCAAAGCCUGGGAAAGAUCGAAGCCCAUGAAGCCAGGACCCAGGGUGAAAAUGGGCACCAUCUUUCCGGAUGUUCCUGGAGAACAGAAUGGAAUCUGUGUUGUGAAAGAUUCCCAGGGCUCAACCUCUCUCUCUUAUCUCCACUCCCCUCCCCCAAGUACACAGCAACUCACUGCCGAAGACUCCCCUAUUUUAUCUUCCGGACCUCUCAGCACUGCUCUUCCCCAGCCUCACCCGGGAGGUAUUGGGAUGGGCAGAAGACCUUGGCCUUCAGAAAGGAAAAUAGACCUCCUAUAUAGUUACUGCUGAAGAUUUCCAUGAACUUGGAAAACUGAGAGGGGCCAGUGAACCUCAUGAUCUGGGCCCAUUAUUCCUUGCUGUAUCACCAAGGGCUUAGUCUUUCCUCCUUAAUCCCUCCAGGCAAUCUGAGUACCUGCCUUUUCCAGCUGACAGGGCCUGGCUCUGGGAGUCCCAUUUAGGAGAGUGGAGAUAGGAAGCCUGGAUAACCUGGAGAGAGUGGAAUGGAGAAGGCCAGGUGGGAGUGAAGCAUGAAGAAUAGAGAUGCUUCCUUCCAUGUCACACUGAUCCUAUAUGUGAGACACAUAUAUGUGGGCCUCUCUUUCAGGGAGGGAUGGGAGAAGAAAUUUUGGAGUCUCUGGUGGGACUGGCUUGAGUGGUCCCUAUUUCUCCUUUGUAUUGUGACAGUCCCUCUCCUUAUACUGGGGAGAGAAAUCCAGUCUUAGAAAUCAUCAAAUUUUUAUUUUCCAACCCCUGUUUCCAUGUCCCAUCCUCCAAAUUGAGAGGGUACACCAUGACCCCCUAAUUUAGGAGUUUGGAGUAGUGCAGAAACCAACUUUGUAAAAUAGAAUUUCCCUAUAAGAAGAGAAUGCUGUUAGAAUUUCCAGGGUCAUUUCAUUUAUUCCCCUGCCUUCUAAUAGGAUAGCCCUUUUAUCCCACAGGAAUCAUCAACAGAAAACCUUGAAGGGAGGGGAAUCCCCCCAAAAAAACUAGCCUCUCCCUGAUAUCCGUUUGGGGCCUCUACAUGCUUAUCCUUACUUGAGGGCCUAGUCCUUCUGUGUGUUUAACCUCAUCUUUCUUGCUGCAAUGUCAGUUCAAGCUGGCCCCUGACCCACUGUGCCCUGCCCAACCCCAUUGUAUUGGGGAGGGAGGGAUGUCCCAUUCCAGGAGGCCCAGGAAGCUUGUGCUCCCUAAUCCUUUCUCAGUGUCCCCUUCUUGUUUAGGACCCUGGGAGGGCCAGGAGUUCAUUAGCAUAUUCCUGAGAGAAGGAGAAGAAACAUAUAAGAGAAUUGAGUAAAGAGAGAAUAAACAGACUUAUUUAUUACAAGUGGUAGAAAUAAAUUAUUAAUAUGUAAAUAUUGUUUGCAUAAUAUAAGCAAAUGAAAUGUAGAGGGCCUAGCAGCUCUCCUGGUUGUUUUUCUCUCUGCAUCUCAUUUGUAAAAAUCUGCA